AUGACUUCUGUCGUCUACAAUACGAUGCCUACUCCUAGUCAUUAUGACUCGCAGUACACCGCACCCAUCCCGGUUGCCAUAACCGAUGAGACGGAGUCCACUGUUGUGCAUGGCAGGCUCCAGCACAACGGUGUCGUCUCUGUCUCUGGAGCAAACGUCAUCCCGUUCUGCCAAACCGUAGUCUUGCCAGGCCUACAACGUGUCGCACAUCAGAUCCGCAAGUUGUCCAUCGACUUUGGCAGCGAGCGUCCAACCCACUCGAACCUGGAGCACCUCUCCGCUGCGCUCGAGGCACUACCCAAUUGCACCAACCUGACGCUCCUCGGGCUCCCCUCCGUCGAAUACGACGGCUGGGUCCUGCGCAACACGACAUUCUCGCUCACGCGGCUGGUCACGAACCUCUCGCUCACCUCGAAAGACGUGAUCGACUUUCUCCGGCGGCAGCCCGCGCUCGCCGAGCUCAGCACCACCUCGCCACCACCGCACCUUGUGCAGCCUCGCAGCACAUACGCGCACUUCCCAUUCCCGCAUGAGGUCGUGCCGAACCUGCACACACUCGACUGCCCCGCGCCAUUCCUUUUCUCGCUGCAGGUGGCGACGCCGCCGACGCGCCCGCUCAUGAACAUGCGCCUCGACCUCAACCGCCUCAACUCGCUCGUCGAAAUCGAGGCACUCACUGCUCUCGCGACGUAUAGUGCAACGGUCGAGCGCCUCAGCUUGCGCCGUAGCGUGCUCCGCACGUCCCCCGCCCUUGACAGCGUUGUCGCGCUCAAUAUGGCAAGCGUGAUCUCCCGCGUGGCAAACAAGCGGCAGUGGUCCAAGCUGAAAUUCCUCGAGAUGCGUGAUGGCAUGUACGACUCGUACUCUAUCCCGAAGCUGGCACAAGCCAUCUCGUCCUGCUUCCCAAAUGUCGAGACACUCGUCUGGGCACCCGCAAGUCAUCCAGCGGGAUCCACAAUCGUUGUGCCCUUCAUUGCGUCGAUCUUCUUCACGUUCUGCCGGUCACUCAAGCAGUUCAUAUUCCUGGACGACGCAUCCGACGUCACGAACAAGAAGUUUGUGUCUAUCGCCAAGACCUCCAGCGGGUUAUGCGAGGUACUGGUGAAGGCACCUGAAGUUGAAAACAUGUGGAGGGAGGAGUCAGUAUAG